AUGCUGUCGCACUUGGUGAGCUCUCUCCGUCCUCGCUGGUUCUCGACAAGCAACGUCUCUCGGUUGCGAGGCACUCCGCACCUCAAGCGCAAAUUGGGUCAGCAUCUGCUUGUUUCCGAUGGAAUUUUGCGUCAAAUUGUAGCAGCUACGGGACUUGUAGCAGACACUUCUUCGAACCCGAUCCGUGUGCUGGAGAUUGGUCCAGGAACGGGCAACUUAACAUCAGCAUUACUGCACAUCAGUCCCGAUGUACAUGUCCAUGCUGUCGAGUUUGACCAUCGUAUGGUAGAGCAACUGCAGCUUCGGUUUCCCACGGAACUCGAGUCGAGUCGCCUCGUGGUCGAGCAUAUGGACUUCGAAGAUUUUCAGUUUCAAGCCCAAUCGGGAACAAAUCGGGACAAACUCUUUGAUGUCUGUGCAGCCAACAUCCCGUACCAUUUGUCGUCACUAGUGGUGUCUAGACUUUCGAGUUACAUGCAUCGCUUUCCUACGAGUUUCAAGUGUGCCGUAUUGAUGGUUCAGGAGGAAUUUGCAUCGAGGUUGUUGGCGCAGCCGGGGCACAAGAACUACAGUCGCUUGAGUGCCAGCACGGCGUUAGUAGCGGACGUCACGUCAGUGGCAAAAGUGUCAAGGAAGCUGUUUUUGCCUCCGCCCAAAGUGGAUUCGCGCGUGAUCAAACUCGUGCCACGUGCAGCUGUGAUGCCCGUGCUUCCUGCGCAUGACGAGUGGUUUUUCCAAAAGUUCGACAAGCUACUGAGACUCUGUUUUGAGCGUAAGAACAAGACUCUGAGAGCGUUGUUGCUGGCAAAGACUGCAAGAUUACAGUACGUGGUAAACGAAGAUGAAGGAGAGGACCAACACCGGAUAGUCACGGAGCUUGUAGAGGCCGCUCUCGAAGCCAGUGGACUCACGUCCAACCGAGCAGUGAAAGUGUCUGUAGCUGAGUUCAUCAAGUUAAUGCAAGAGCUACGUAAGCGCGGCAUUGAUCUACGCCCGAGCACCACGCGCCAUUUUCAGAAUUAG